UCAUUCUGAUCCUUACUAUCGUGCACCGAGGAGACCAUGGCGAAAAAUCGAGACGUAAGCAUGCGGAAAUACAGCCGAGAAACGGGUGCGGUAUUGGCGCGGAAGGAUUACGAGGGAGAGAAAUUGCCGGGGACUGGCUCCAAGAUCGGAGAAAGCGAGCUAGGCUCGACUAAGCCGGCGAUUAUUAAAACUCUCGCCGGCGCCCGAUGGCACGAAAUGGGAAAGGUUAAGGACGAGUUGAAGGCAAUGCUUCCGAUACUAAAGCCUUCAGAAGUGAUAAGCAUUAUAAAUUUUCUACUGAAAGUUUACUCCUGCGCGCUACUAGAAAGAAACAUGCUAAACCAAAUUUAUAUGGAAAAAAGUUAUAUUCUCAACGUGUACAAAUUUCUACGCGUAAAAAAUCGAUCUUCUGAUCAUUUUCAUAUUGACUUUUCAUCGAGAAGAUUUUAUUUGCUACCUCAUGAGGCCCUCAUCCACGAACUUGAGGAGAACGGCUACGAUGAAUCGAUUGGAUUCUUGAAGCAACUAUUGGAACUCGAUGAGGAAACUCAGAAGCAGGCUAGUCUUGGAACAUUGAUGUGGAAGAAACCGUGUUUGAGAGACAAUAAGAGAGCGUUGCUGCGUCUCAAAGAAGGCUUGUUCGCCUUUGAGCAGGCCAAAAACGUGGGAGACUCGGCGUCUAUGAUAAUGGCACUUCUACAUACGGCGGUAUUCUUCCAAACAAUGACGUGGGAGUGGUGGUGGGUGGCGGAGCAACUUUACCGUAGUGCAAUGACGAAAGUCAUCGAACAUGAAGACCAGCGAACAAUCACCGUGAUACGCUAUCUAUUCGGUCGAUUUUUGUUCGAACAAUUGCAGAACACAGAGGAGUCGUUAGAGCAUUUGAAAGUCGCACGGGAAGUGUCCAAGGGAAAAUCGUGGAAUGCAUCAAAGCUAACAGGUCGAGAGGAGCAAAGCAUUUUCCGCGAGUGCAACGUACUGCUGUACAAAACGCUGUUGAUGCACGCGCGACAGGCCAAACCUGACCAACCGGAUAUCGCCGUGAAAGCGUGCACCGAAGCUCUCGCGCGAGCGACUGAUUAUUCAUCAUUCCAUAUUUUACUAUUGAAUCUAGCGAGCACAACCAGAUUUAUAUGUGGUGAUGUGUGGAUAUAUGUGUAUUCUAACCAUAUAUACUGUGUAUUCCGUGUAUUAAAUUCUAAACAGCACAAAUCUCCACAGGACGUCCUAAAGACGUUCUGGGAACGUUUCUAUGUUCUGAGAACGUCCCUAGAACAUCCUUUGGAGAUCUUGUGCUGUCUGGAAUAUAUAACUGGUUGGACAUUUCGCAAAUUGGUUGCGCUUCGAGCUUCAUAUUUACAAUACAUAUUUACAUCUGAGCAACGCGAGUAUAUAGAAGAAGCUUUGUAUGAGCUGGGCCAAAGUCAGAUGCGAUCAAGCGACAUAAAGCAUGCUCUUCAGAGUUUCUCCAAGUUGCUGGCUUUGGCUAAGAGAGUCCCGGAUUCACAGGCAGUAUGCAACGCGCACAUGGCACUGGCAUUAGCAUAUAAGAAACUGGACAACGAGACGAAUACAGAGAAGCAUCUUCAUCUGUCCAAGGAAAAAGCUGCUGAGUUUGGGCUUACGAGACAACUCGCACAAGCACAAUACUACACCGGCGAGUACUUCUUAAGCAAAAGAAGACCGAAUAUCGCAACUGCUCAUUUGGAAAAAUCUUUCGAUCUCUAUUGCGAGCUCGGUUUGCAUGACGAGGCUGACAAAGCGCGAAUUAUCGCCGGGGUCUCGAGAGGACAAAAAAACAUCGAUAAGUACAUCGAUCUCGUGCGCCGGUGUGGAACGGCCGACUCGAAGGCAAUAUCGUCACUUUGUCAGUGGAAGAAUUGUAGGAGUGCUUUUUGGAAAGAAUUGUAGGAAUACUUUUUAGGAAGAAUUGUAGGAGUGCUUUUUGGGAAGAAUUGUAGAAGAGAAAACCAUACACCGAUGAUUGGAUUAGAUUUGAAAAGAGAGACCGAGGAAAUUCCGAAUAACUCGAUGGCGAAAAUAUCGACAAAAUGUGUCUUUGUCACAAACUAUCGUUACCCUCGCGGAUAUCAUGAAAAGUAUCAUCAGUGAUUAGAUUUGACAGAAACCCGACGAAAUCUUAGUCCAAUACCAACGAUAUCUAGCAACAAGUAUACUUUUUCAUAUAUUUCCCAGCUAGCAUAGUUGAAAGCAAGUUAACGUAUCGUUUGUUUAUUGUUUAAAUCGGAUAUGGUGUUACAAUAUAGAUGUAAAAUAUUUAGAAUAUAUGUUGCAGGAGAGGUGGGGGAAGAGAAAGAGACGGAGGAAGACGAAGAGAGACGAAAAGAAACGAAGAGAGACAGAGAGAGAAAGAGCGAGAAAGAGAGAAAGGGGGAAACUUUACAAAAUUACGCACUGAAUAUUAUAAUAAUACAUUAUAUCUUAAUAAUUUGUACACAUACUUCUUUUUGUAAGUUUAUAAAGUCUCUAUGUUCGUGACACAUACUUAUUUUUAUGCAUUAAUAACAUAAUAAUAAAACUACGCAUUCGCACGUUUUCUAUCAUACGAUAAGACUUACGAUAAAAUUACAUUUAAUAAUUUGGUGCCUUUGACUGUGAAGUAAUGACAUACUACACAGACAAUUCAUUGUUCAACUUAAAAGUCGAACAAUGAAUUAUGAGCAAAACAAAAGAAUGUUGUAAAGAAUAUGUAUUUAUUAUUUAUACGUAAAUAUUUACAUAUUUCUUAAAAAAUUAUGACAUUUCAUUAGUCUAAAUCUGCGCAGAACAUACAUUCACCUGCACAGGACAUAUUCAAGCCUGCGUAACAACUACAAAAUACGAUUAGAUUAUUAAUAAUAUGUAUAUUAUAUAUUAACAUUAAUAAUUUUUUAAUAUAUUAACGAAUAUAUAUAAAAUAUACAUUUUAUUAAUAAUAUAUUUUAAAUUCGUUUCUUAUGUUAAAAUUGUUUUUUUUUUCAUGCUUCCAUCUCUUGUAAUUCUAUUAAUUUCUAAGCUAAAACGUAGUUGAUGAAAAUUGAUCAUUACACAAAGUUGAUUAUUAUAGAACGAAAGAAAUGUGUUGUAUGGAUUUUUGACAAAACAUAUGUAAAUUCUUCAAAAUCUGUGUACAUAUAUUUAUAUAAAUAUUUCAGUAUAUUAUGUAUGAUA